CCGGCGAUCCUGGGAACGUCGCCAUAUCUUUUACAUAUAUAUAUAUUUCGAGAUGCAAGAUGGGAAGGUCUUUUUUUAUUCCUCUUAGCUAGAAGAAAAGUCGAUUUCUUUUUCUUCCUAGAGGCGCGAGUUUGCAAGAUGCUGUUGGGCUAGAAACCUGGUGAAAUUGCGAGCCUGGGAAACUCCUCCGGAGGCGACCAAAAACAGCUACGCUAAAGGAGUAGAAAACGUUUCCAGAAACUUUGGGAGCACAUAAGAUGGCGCGCGCUGGGUGCGGAAACUGCCACCCACGUGACACUGCCGUGCGAAGGAUGACCUAAUUUGCUGGAACCUUCCAACGCUGCAAUUUAUAUUUGCUGUAAGCCGCCCUGGGACUAUCUGGCGGAGGGCAGGAGUAGACUGGUUGGUUCGUGGACUUCUCCUGGGCCGCAGUAGCUGAAUCAAGGAUGGUAGGCAAGCGAGGGACAGGCAAACAAACAAACCGAGACCGACAAACAAGACACAUAAAAGGAAUCAGCAGGCACUUACCCGAUCAUCCUGAAAUUUGGCCACAACCUCAGAGUCACAUGUGAGAAGGGAGGAAUUCCACUUAACUUCCAGAAACUCACCCCCAUCCCCUCUGGCCUCCUCUUUAGAUGAUAGUUUUUAAGAACAAGCCAAUUGUUGAGUACCCUGGAAGUUGCUGUUGAAAUAUUGGCACGGCCAACCUUUUAAUAUCACUUGCCAGGUGGGGCAGGCAACCCAAGGCCUGGACAAUAUCUCAAGCUAUCAGCAGGCACAUAGCUGUGUGAUUUGGAUUUCCUAAAAGCAAAGAACAGAUAUGGAGAAAGCUUUGGACAGCUCGGGCAAAGUCCCCCAAAUUGUACAGGUUAUGUACUUUAAAGGGCCCCCAAGGCCUGUUUCUCAGCUGCCUGAAACUGGGCUGCCCCAGCAACAGGAAACUCAUUGGCAGGAAUUUCUGAAUGCACUGCAGCCGCCUCAUGCGGGAAGGGCAAAUUCAUUGCCCACGGAGCAGGUUCCAUGGGACGAUGCCAAGACAUUCCUCUCCGCCUUUGAGCAAGUUGCCGAAGCCUGCCAGUGGCCGCGAGAAGAGUGGGUGGGCCGCCUCCUGCCGGCGCUGAGAGGUGGCGUGGAGCAGUUCUUUUGCCAGCUGGAUCCCAGGGACAGGACUGACUUCCUGAAGGUGAAGUUUGCCCUCCUUCGAGCAGACGCCAUCCGCAGGGAGUCUAAGCGCCAGCACUUCCGACAGUGCCGCUACCAGGAGCUGGAAGGGCCGCGAAGGAUUUACAGCCAGCUGAAAGAACUCUGUCGCCAAUGGUUGAAGCCGGACAAGUACUCGAAGGAUCAGAUCCUGGAGAUGAUAAUCCAGGAGCAGCUCCUGGCCAUGUUGCCACCUGAAGUACAGAGCUGGGUAAAGGAGUGUGGGCCGGAAGACUGUAUUGAGCUGGUGGCUCUGGCAGAGGAUUUCCUGAUGGGGCGCCGCUCUGCCAGGUCAUGGGUCAGGCAGGGGCCAGCCACAAGCUCCCUGCAGCCAGAGGUGGCGCUGCCAGAUGCCGCUCAAAGACAGCUCUUCACGGGGGUCAGCCCGAAUGUCAUGUCUGCAACGGCCAAUGAAAUGGCAUCCAUGAGGAACUCUGCUAUGGUAUUACCUCCUGUAUUAACUCCUGAAGGACAAGGAAUGACUGGUGUUGGACCAACUGAGGAGCCCGAGGAUGUGAAGAAUGUGCUACCCCACCAGAAUCCUCUGCACUUAGCAGCAAUGCAGGAGAACGGCAUGAACGCCAAUGUUUCUGAGGGGCUUCAGUUUCCCACACCUGAGAUGAACCCUCUACCUCAACAUCAGGAAUCCAUUCCCCCCCAGCAAAUGGACUGUGAAGAUACGCUUCUGGGCAGGCUCUUGAGGAGUAGACUUCGGAACGAGAUCAAAAUGGAGAAUUCUGAUGAUGAUUUGGAGACGGAAUUCAGCUUUGAGGGCUUACCAGAUGAACCUCCAGAGGGUGAUUCGAAUACCGAGGUUUCUGAGCCGAGUCCUGAGGGGAAACAAGAUGAGCAGACGGGGAGACGCAGUAAACGAAAGAGGAAAUGUGUGAAGAGGAAAGGCAGAUAUGUCCCCAGGGAGAAAAAGCACACUUGUCCUGAGUGCGGGCACAUGGCCUAUUACCUUUCGGACAUGGUUAGGCACAUAAAAACCCACUUGACGAAAGGGGGCUACAAGUGCCAAGAGUGUGGGAUGACCUACAAAGAUAAAUCAUCUCUGGAGGCUCACCAGCAAGCCCACAUGUCCCAAGGUAAUGCCAGCAGCAGCCAAAGUUAUGGGGCAAUGACCUCAAGUGCCCCGAAGGGUAAAGAGCACACAUGCCCCACAUGUGGACUGAGCGCAGCUACACCAGAGUGUCUCUUCGAGCAUAUGAUAGCCCACCUGGAGGAGAGGCCUUUCAAGUGUCCAGAAUGUGACAAAACCUUCCGGUAUAAGUCGCAUCUUGCUCUUCACCAGGAGACGCUACACUCGCAGCAAGAAAAUGUUUCGGGUUAUCGCAGGACGCCCAGAGCCACCUCUGGGCCGAGCACGGCUGGAAACACUCCUCUGCUGCUGCAGCCCAUGGCUACUGCUUCGACGAGCGCCGAGACCUAUGGCACUAGCCCCCCUUCAAAGCUGAUCUUGAGCAAACCUGAAGGAGAGGUGCCUCUUUCUCGCUAUGGGACAAAAACAGUGAAGGUGGUGCUGACCAAGUUUGCCAAGCUCUGCAAUGGGAGGAAGCACACCUGCCCUGAAUGUGGGUUUGUCUCUGAAAGCUUAUCGGGCAUCAUUCAACACAGGAGAGUCCACACGGAGGAGAUGCCCUAUAAAUGCAACAGAUGUGGGAGAGGCUUCAAGUCGUUGUCACACCUUGAUAAACACUGCAGCAGAAAUACAUGCCAGCAAAACAGCCUUGCUAUGGAUGCCCCUCUCGAAGAGGGCCAGAUGUCAUACGAAGGUGUUGAGGACUCUCUGCCCACAAUCAAAACGGAGGAAGAAGAGUUUGAGAUAUCCCCAGAAGGUCCUACAUUGAGUCAUGAACCUGCUUUGAGUGAACACCCAAGAGAGAGCAGUUUGGCUGCAAUGGCUGCAAUGGUUGCAACGGCAGGUUCAGCUAACCGUCGGAAAAAGCCACACAUUUGCUCACAAUGUGGAUACAAGGCUAGGAGUUUAACAGACCUUGUUUACCAUAUGAGGAAACAUACUGGAGAAAAGCCCUACAUGUGCCCUCGGUGUGGAAAAACCUUUGCAUGGAAAGCGAGCCUUAGUAAACACUUGGAAUAUAAUUCCUGCUCAAGAAAUAAACCUGUUCCUGACCCCUCUGUUUCCAGUACCCCUUUGGUUCCCCAGAUUCCUGUGGCAGAAUGUGACGUAACGCUUAGCGAUGAGGAGGAGUUAAUUAACAUCCUGGCGAAGCAAACGCAGAAAAAAGGAGUGAAAGUGCAGGAACCCCAGAGAAAACCUUCAGGUGGUGGUUCUCUAGCUCAAAGUCAGCAAAAAUCAACUCGGUGCCGAGAAACCAGGACUGCCCAGAGGAGCAGGUAUAAUCUGAUGGAUAGAAAAUUCCAGUGUCUUGAAUGUGGGCACAAAUCCUACUAUCUCUCCGACCUGCUGAGACACCAGAAUCGCCACGGAGGCGAGAAGCCCUACAAGUGUCCUGAAUGCUGGAGAGCUUUCUCUGAGCCUUCUGCCUGCAGCAAUCACUACAAGACAGCCCACAAGUCUGACAGUCAUUCUGGCUGCAGGAAGACGCCCGUCAACAGAGCACGGAGCCUCCAAAAGGAGAAGAAGCACACGUGCGCCAAAUGUGGGCACGAAACCUACAAAUUGUCAACCCAUCUUAUCCAUAUGAAAAGCCACGUGGGUGACGGGCCUUUCCCCUGUGACAAGUGUGGGGAAAACUUCAGUUAUAAAUCAAAUCUUUCCCGGCACAAGAAGAUCCACGAGAGAGAUCUCUCCAAUGCCAGAACGAAGUCUCUCUCUGAACACCAGCAAAUUGCUACAGGCAACAUGACAACAGUGGAACUGAAACCUCUGAAAGUGCCAGUGCUGAGCCACAUGGACAGUGACAAGCUGGCUGAGCUCCGGGGACGAUGGAGCCUUUGCAAACAGAAAGGGGGAGAACAAGCAGAAGGGCCUGUUGCCUCCGCCGACGGUGCUUCCACUGCUAAGGCUGCCUCCACUGCUGAGGGUGAAUCCGCUAAAGGUGCCUCCACUGAGGAUGCAACGAGUGACUCGGCCAAGGACUCCGAGGCUGAGGCUGCAGCUAAGGCUGAGGCUGCAGCUAAGGCUGCGGCUGAGGCUGCAGCUGAGGCUGAGGCUGAGGCUGCAGCUAAGGCAGCAGCUGCAGCAGCAGAACGUGAGCUAGCAGAAAUUAAAGCAACAAAAGUCCGUGCGAGGCUGGAAAGGUUUGUGUAUUCCAAAGGCGGGGAGACAAAUCCCUGCCCGUCAGAGCCGGACACCAGCCAGACUGCCCCAGUGGAAGAGAAGCCACUGCCUCCCGAAAGUUCUGCAAGCGAGAAAUCCUCCGAGGGUGAGCCCACCACCUUAGCUGACCAACAGAGUACCGACGACACGGGGGAGGGUCCCCAAGAGGGCAAGGCAGGGGAGGGGCCCCAUGAGGGUGAGGCAGAGGAGGGGCCCCAUGAGGGCGAGGCAGGGGACGGGCCCCACGAGGGCGAGGCAGGGGACGGGCCCCACAAGGGCGAGGCAAAACCAUACCUCUGCUCCCAGUGCGGGCAGGAUUUCAUUCGGAAGGAUUCCUUGGAAGCCCACGAGAAGACUCAUGGCUUUGAGUUCAGCAAGCGCUUUGACGAAUGAGCUGGCAGGGCCUCAUAGGGCAGGAUUGGUUAUCAAGGAUCACGCUGAAUUGUUAGCUGAGGAGAGGAGAUGGGAAAUAGCGGCACAGCUGUGAAGGAAAGACUUGGGACCCAUCUCCAGCCCAGUUCAGACAGUCAUAUAGACUUGCCCUGACUUGCCCCACUGACUGUUGCAGCAAGUUUGGGGCAGUGGCCUUCCAGCUGCAUGGACUGAUGGAAAAUGGAGGUCAGUGACACCUGGAGGGACACAGGUCCCCCACUUGUGAACUAUCCUAUCUUAAGAAGGCUUAACUCAGUAGCAAGUUCUGCUGGGAGCUGGUGUCCUCCGUUGGUAAAUGCGUACUUAGGUUGCAACCCUGUGCAUGGUUCACAUUGUACUGCACUGGGGAAGUCUUGUUCACACCGUCACAAGCAUUGAAGUCUGUUUUGCAGUUGUUACUCUUUCUAAGUCUGAAAGGGCAGUGGCACAGGAAAUGGAAGGUGUCAAAAACUUUAUACAGCAACCCCAUCCCUUUGCGGAGCAGGUGUGGUGGUGAUUGAGCAUUCAAAGGAGGGCUGCUAACUUUUUUUUACUGGCCCCUGCUCCUCUGCCUUCAAUGUUGUCGAUAUUCUCAGUUUACAGAGCUGACCUCUUCCAUGCUGCUGGGUUGUUGAUUUUUUGGCACAUGGUGGUGAUUUAACGGCCCAAGAUCAAGCCAGGCUGGGUAUGUUUUUACCAGUUUGCAACCUGAACUCAGACUUCUGCCCGUGUAAUGUAAUAUAGCUCCCUCUCUUCCUACCUCUGGAGUUUCCGAAUCUCCCCUCGUCUUGCCUCAUGACUUUUUAUUACUUUUAAAUGUUUUUGUUUGUUUUUUCAACAUUUAGACAAGAGCCCUGGCUAGUUUGGAUACUAUAAUUCAGUAGACUUUAGACAUGAAAACAUAAGCGUCCUUUUAGCUUGGCAUUCUGUUUUAUGCACCAACCCGCUGUUUUCAGAUGCCCUGCUAGCAUCUGUUAAUUCGAAGGUUUCCUGAGGUUCACUUGCCCUGCUGACAGUCCUGGAUAAAGGUGUAUUAGAAAUAUUGAGCGGUAGUUGGGAAAUAAAUGAUGAUUGGGAAGGGGAAGUUUUGUAUAAUUUUGUUUGCCUUGGUGCCGUUGGAAAGCAAAAGUGCACUGGAGAUGAGAAAGUAACAACCCUAGAAGUAUAACUUGCCUGAGAAAAGUAAUGUCUAUUAUAGAAUACAAAGUAAAAGUUGUAAAAAUUUUAGAGCUGUUGACGUCAUGUUUGUGGCAGCUGCAGAGGAGUUUGUGGACAUGAAUUCUCAUAAUCAAUAAAGAAUUUUUCAAUUUUAAAACCUUCCAGAAUCUUUCCCCCCACUGUCAAUGUUGGACUAUUUUGGGAGCUUACCUUUAUAAAGGCUUAUGGCUGCAAUGCUAUGAAUGAAUUUUUAAGGUGUUAGGUUUAACACACGCAUUCAUCAAAAUGGAGUCUUGUAAAAAUGGGGGAGGGGAAACCAAUGCACAAAAACUGCAAGAGAGUUAAAACUAUCCAAUGUGAGUUUGAAACAGCACUUAAAUGGAUUGAUUAUUGAUCAGGCCAAAGGCCCAUUUAGUCUGACACUCUGUUCUUACAGUGGCCAUUCAGUCUCCAAGGAAGACCCAGAGUCCAACAACGCUACUGUCCCUACCUGCUGAUCCAAACAAACAACUGCUAUGCAGUGGCACAUGCUACCUCCAAUUGUAGAGGUGGAACACAGCCAGCAGCCACUGGUAGCCUUUAUCCUCUCUAAAUCUGUUUACCCCUUUUUAAGCAAGCCAAGCUAGCAGGCCUCGCUAUAUCCUGUGUCAGUGAAUUACAGUUUGUGGCACUUGGGGGAGCACAACCGCACUAGCCAAAGCCCUUAGUAAGAGAAACCAUUUUUGCCCGGUGUCUUCAAGAAAUUGCAGGAGAUGCUGGCUGAAUGCAGGGAGAGCAGUCCAGUUGAGUCGCCACAAGGAGAAAAGGCUUGUAGUUCACACACACCACCUAAGGGGUGAGGCUCUCCAGCUGCGGUUCCAUCAGCCCCAGCCAGCAUGGCCAGUAUGCUGCGGUCUAUGGUCUCCGAACCAUGACUAGUUGGGUCUGGCACACUUCCCAGUGGCAGCAGUUGUGAAUCAGCAGUGGCACACAGCAUCAAAGUGCUUCAGGAGCUCUGACCCAGACAGCGAAGUAACAAAUCACAGAAGCAACAGACAGUAAAUAGUCUUACUGCCAGAUUAUACAAAGUUUGACAAUUGCAACUAUUUACAGUUUACUUCCACCAGAGUCCCAGUGAAGUUUUCUCUUAAGAGUUUCCAGGCCUUGCUCUCUGCAAAGCCGCCUCCCCCCUCUAUCUUCUCAGCUUGGUAGAUGGACACAGACUAAACACAGUUCAUAAUCACUGUAGGAACUGCGGAGGAGUAAAGAACAGUUCCCACAGAAAUGUCCUCAAGUAGGAAUAAACAUCCAGCACUUAGCUGCUUCUGGAAUCUUCAUGAACUUCUGGAAAUGAAUGAACACACUCACCCCAACACAGUAAGUGGGAGCAGUUGUAGCUGUAGAUCAGCAACAAUUGGGACCCCACAUGUUUCCUAUCUCUUUCCUAGGAGGUGAAAGCACCCAAAAUCGAUUAUAUCAAUGCAGAUAUUGCAUGAGAGAAGAUGGUAUUUUAGAUAGAUGUAGCUGAAUUUUUGAACUGGUCAGAAUAUGUGCCUACCUAGCCUUUGGAGGAAGGAGUUAAUUUCUUUCAUGGGGGCAAAUCACCCCAUGCAUGAUAUAAGCCAACAGGAGCAAGAUCAGCCAAGCCAGUUGCUAUGGCAACAGCCCAGUGUCAUUUAUAGAAUAAGCUUACCAGAUUUUCUUCAAUGAAUCUGGCGACACACUUCAACUUCCUACUAGAUUCUGAAGGAAAUCAGCCCUGAGUGCUCACUGGAAGGACAGAUCCUGAAGCUGAGGCUCCAAUACUUUGGCCACCUCAUGAGAAGAAUCCCUGGAAAAGACCCUGAUGUUGGGAAAGAUUGAGGGCACUAGGAGAAGGGGACGACAGAGGACGAGAUGGUUGGACAGUGUUCUCGAAGCUACGAACGUCUGACCAAACUGCAGGAGGCAGCGGAAGACAGGAGUGCCUGGCGUGCUAUGGUCCAUGGGGUCACGAAGAGUCAGACACGACUAAACAACAACAAUUAAAUAGAUGGAUUUCGUCAGGGGACUGAUUUGUAAAUCCAGGGACUGUCCCCGGGAAACUGGGACGUCUGGUAACUUUAUUAUAGAAAUGAUUAGGAUAUGACAGCUCAUCAGUAGGUGAAGGUGCAGUCCAUGUUACAUCUUGAAUUGCUGGAAUAACAAAUUAUUUAUACUUUUAUGUGUCUGCAUCUACAAAGCCUACAAGCUUUAUAUAUCAACGUCUGGAAGAGUAUUACUGAAGCCUGACCUUCCACAGCAGUAAACUAUUUUGGGCCUUAAGCUGCUUCUGUGUGGUGACUGGAACUGGGGGCAACUUCUGCUAUGUGGGCAUCUCACCUCAGAUUCCCAACAGGUUAUGGGCCCAGUUCUCCAGCUACCACAGCCCAGUUAUCAGCUACCAGAGGUCAGAAGUAAGAAGGCAGUAAAUCUGGAUGACACAAGCGAAGGAGGAGACAAGUUGAAGCAAUAAAUUUUCUGUGACAUAUUCCAGGGAGGCGGAUGAUGGUGCAGUGUCUCACAACCGGGCUGGUUUUGGAAUAGUUGUUGGAGGGAAUUAUUCAUGUUGGAGCUUCAUGGUGUACAUGUAUAGAAAUACUUUCUACUUGUAUCUGUAUCUACAAAGCUUACAAGCUGUAUGUAUAUAUAAACAUCUGGAACUUUAUUACUGAAGCCUAAUCUACAGGAGUAAACCAUUUUGGAUCAUAACUGGAACUGGGGGCAACUUCUGCUGUGUGGGUAUCUCACCAAAUAUUCCCAACAGGUGGCCCCUGGAUAUUAUCUUGAGAGAAAUUUAACCCUUGGGCUGCAAAGUUUCCCCACACCUGUCCCUACCUGUCCCUGGAGAUGCCAGAAAUUGAAACUGGGACCUUAUGCAUGCAAGUUUCAGAAUUGAGCAGAAGCUGAAGUGGUGGAAGAGGCAGGGAGGAGUCCAGCUGGUGUCUCCCUGUCAGGCCACCCUUGUCUCUCAGAACCAGAAGAGGCAUAAAAAGGCUGGAGGAGAGGUUGGCUACACAACCUCUUCACUUGAUUGGUAAAAGCCCUGGAAAGGAGGGGACCUAGAUGGCUGUGUAGAGGCGAGGAUUUUCAGUCUCGGCAACUGAUUUUUAUGGAGUAACACCACUGGGAAUAUGCUACUCUGUUCAUUAGGCUUAACACUCAACCAGGUUCGUCAUGUUUUUGCUAAUAAAGAGUUAACUUCUACUUUGAACUGUGUGAUUACUGAGCAGCACGCUCCUGAUAUGUACCUUAAUUACACGAAGGGGUAUUGGUGUAAUUUAUAUAUUCCUGAUGUUCUGUGUUGCUCUUCUGUUAACACUGUUGUGGUGUUACACCAGUACAGGUGUCGGAGUUUUUUCAGCCAGAACAAAGUUCUGGCACACCUCAGGUGGGCACCAUUGCCAUUAUAAGAGAACAAGGGACAUGUUCAUGGUGAGUUAUGGCACCUCUUUUUCCAUAAAAAUAGCACUGUCGUGUGUGAUCUUAAAACAUUAUGGAGACUCAACAUAACACUGAAAUUUGCAGAGAAUUUUUAAAAUAAAAGCUACACACACCCCCAACCCAAUCCAGUAAGGACUCGGUGGUCGCAGCAUUUUGACCGAGAGAGAAAAAGCCUUGGCAAUUGCCUGGGAGCAGUUGGAGAAGCAAGGCAGAGGAAGAUGUUGUUGUCGUUUAGUCAGACUCUUCGUGACCCCAUGGACCAGAGCACGCCAGGCACUCCUGUCUUGCACUGCCUCCCGCAGUUUGGUCAAACUCAUGUUGGUAGCUUUGAGAACACUGUCCAACCAUCUCGUCCUCUGUCGUCCCCUUCUCCUAGUGCCUUCAUAUCUUUCCCAACAUCAGGGUCUUUUCCAGGGAGUCUUCUCUUCUCAUGAGGUGGCCAAAGUAUUGGAGCCACCUCAUUGUGGAAGAUACAGAUAUAAAAACAUGUUGGUAUAAAAACCACGUCCUCUGUUGGAUGGAUCAUCUCGAGUUUCGCAGACUAAAAACUGGAGGAGCGAUGGGAGUGUGUCUGGAUCACCAGAGAAGCACCCCACAUCACAACAUUUUGUUGCAGGGCCCGCUCACUAGUUGCAACAAGUGUUUCAACAUUUAAAACCCAGCUGCUGCCCAGCAGCAUUUAAAGACCAGAGUGAAGAUGUAUAGCAUGAUCAGUGACCGCAGUUGCAAGUGAGAGCCGGGAAUCGGGCUGUCUGAAUGACCUGGUGAGGAAAAGCAUGGUCCCCUGGCAAUGGGGAAAGCCAGUACUUACCUGCCUCUGGUUGCUAGGCAGCCUGCGCCAGGCGCAAAACUGCAUCAGCAACAUCUAGAAGCAAGUUGGGAAACCUGUUUCUCUCAGAUAAAGAUCUGGCGGUUUCCCUACCCAUGCUCUUGACUCAUGUCACAACAAAUAACCCAUCUAUCAACUGGCGCCACCUGUUGAGAAGGGUGGGUGAACUUUUGCAAAAACUGCUGAAGUAUUACCAAUGCUCCAUAACAAUAACAGCCACUCCUAUGUCAGACAUCUGAAGGCAGCCCUGUUUAGGGAAGUUUUUAGUGUUUUAUCGUGUUUUUAAUAAUCUGUUGGAAGCCACCCAGAGUGGCUAUUAUUAUUAAUAAGUUGGCAGCUUGUUGAUUUGGCUUCUGGUGACAUCACAGGCUAAUAGUCUUCCUCUUUUAACAUGUAACCGAUUUCAUUAUUGUCAUGAUAUUUUUUGCAAAUGUGAGGCCAGAUCGUCCUCUGAAUGUCAGAGUGGUGCCAGAACAAUCAAAAGCACCCUAAUCAAUCCUAGAAGGGGUUAGAAGCCAGACCAAUAAUAUUUAUUUGUUUAUUUAUUUAUAUUUUCUAUAUACAUAUAUAAAUCUUAGGCAGCUCUUGUUUUAUUUCAUUUUCAAAACCGCUCCAAGUUGCGUAGAAAAUAGUGUAACAACCAGGAACAGUUUAAAAACUUUUAAGUGAAAAGCCAAACAAUAAGGAAAAUGUACACAUGCACUCUCGCACGAUAAUAUUAGUAAAUCGCCAAAACAGGGAAGAAGAAAGAGGUAGGAGAAACCGAUCAAUCGUGAAGCAGCCUUUAUAAUGUUUUCCUAUGAAAUGGUGUACAUGGUAUUGCUGUUGAAAUCAGAGAGAGAGAAAGAGAGACUGCAGCCUUCAUGAAUUAAAAGUUGUCAUCUGCUGGAGAAAGGUAUAUAGUGAUGGCCAGUGUUCAUGAAAACAGGUGUUUACCAGUAAUAGUAAUAACUGAUCUUUCUAAAAUUGUAGACUUGGAAGGGAUACAAAGGGUCCCUUAGUCCAACUGCAGGAAUCUCAGCAAAAGCAUCCUUGACAGGUGGCCCUCCAACCUCUGCUUAUAAACCUCCAAGCAAAGAGAGUCCACCAGCUUCUGAGGGAGACCGUUCGACUGUCCAACAGCUCUUACAGUCAGAAAGUGCUUAGUCGGAAUCUCCUUUCUUGUUAUUUGAAGCCAUUGGUUCUGGUCCUUCCCUCCAGAGCAGGAAAAAGCAAAGUGCUGUCACAUGGAAGACGGAGCAAGUUCGUUUUCUCCUGCUCCAGAGUGUAAGACCCAAACAAAUGGCUUCAAGUUAGAAGAAAGGAGAUUCCAAUUAAACAUCAGGAAGAACUUUCUGGCAGUAAGAGCUGUUUGACAGUGGAACGGACUCCCUCAGGAGGUGGUGCUCUCCUUCCUUGGAGGUUUAUAAGCAGAGGUUGGAGGGCCAUCUGUCAUGGAUGCUUUAGCUGAGAUUCCUGUCUUGCAGGGGGUUGGACUAGAUGACCCUGCGAGUUGUUGGAUCCCUUUUCUUGUGGACUAUAAAAUAUUGUAAACCACCUGUGGACCUUGGAUGAAGGGCGCUCUACAAAUACAAACAAAUACAGUAAGUUGGAAGGGAAGAUUCUUGCAUUGCAGGGGGUUGGACUAAGUGACCCUUUGUAUUACUUCCAAGUCCACAAUUCUACGAUUCUAUCAUUAAUGGCUUCUCCCAAAAGGGGUGUGGCCAGAAAGAGAAUUCUCAGUUGGCACUGCCCACCUCUUCUAGUACCCAGUGAGGUGGCUCUUGUCUGAGGACAUCCAUAAUUCAGGAACCAGCGACAGGCUCACAGCUCUUGAGCUAUUGUUCCAAAUAGCUCUGAAAACAAAGGCAUUAU